ACAGGAGUGACUUGGGCACGUUAUAGCAAAAGCAGGAAAUUCUAGUUCUGUGUCUGUCUGCUCCUUGCACUUCCUGCUCUGCGACUGGUUUCAACCCUCUCAGGCACUGACGGACAUCACUUUCAGCCAAGGAGUGGGGAUCUGCAGCAGUUUGGCAUUACAUAGAAGGACAAAGAGGCAGUGAUGGCUCCAAGGAACAGGGUUCUUCUGUUUCGUGUGGGAAUUCUGCUGCUUGUGGCUUUGGCUGUAAUCAAGUAUAUAUCUAAAAGCAGACAUAUUCGCCUCACUGCAACUCCUGAGCUCAUAGAAGAGAGGUCAGUGCAAGAAGCGAAAGACGAUUUUUUUUGGGGAAAAGAAGGUGAACCCCAGGAGAACUCGGACAAAAGGGAAUUUCCUCCCGAGCCCCCGAACGAGAUGAACGCUCCGGUGGCUGAAAACCUUCCGGAAAAGAAGAAGGGUGUGGCCAAGGAUUUCAGUGGCAUUCAGAUGAGACUGGUUCACUUGGACCUUAAAGGAGCAGCCCCAAAGCUUCCUUACUUGGAACAGCUAUUUCCUCUUCUUUCCAAGAUGGGGGCCAAUGGCUUGCUCAUAGAAUAUGAGGACAUGUUCCCUUUCAGCGGGGAGUUAGAAAUCCUCAGGUCUCCGUAUGCUUACAGCAAAGAAGACAUUGAAAAGAUGCUACACCUGGCGAAUAUAAACAAACUGGAAGUGGUGCCUCUCAUCCAAACCUUUGGGCAUAUGGAGUAUGUGCUGAAGCAUGAGAAUUUUCGGUCCCUGCGAGAGGUGGAACAAUACCCCAACAGCAUAAACCCACACCGUGCAGAGACCAUGCCGCUAGUGAAAAAGAUCUUGGCCCAAGUUCUAGACCUGCAUCCCAUGGCCAGCUUUGUCCACAUUGGGUCUGAUGAGGUUUUCCACCUUGGGGAAGGGCAAGAUUCCAAGACCUGGUUGAACAACAACAGUGGAGACUUGGGAAAGAUGUUCCUCGGUCAUGUGAAAGAGGUGGUGAAUUUCCUGCACAAUCAAUACCCUGACAAGUAUGUGUUCAUGUGGGACGAUAUGCUGCGGAAGCUCAGUGUGGAGAGCAUAAAGGAUGCCAAAAUCAGUGAAUAUGUGUCACCGGUAUUGUGGAUUUAUGCUCAGGACUUCAACAUCCAACAAACAGAAAAAUUCAUAGAGAAGUACCAGGAAUGUGGUUUUCCUUCCAUAUGGUUUGCAAGUGCCUUCAAAGGAGCAUCGGGCCCUGAUCAGAUGUGGACCCCCAUUGGCAUGCACAUGAAUAACCAUCUGCGGUGGAAACAAGUGAUUGACAGCAUGAACAAAUUCCCCAAAAUCCGCUACAGUGGCAUUGUAAUGACCGGGUGGCAAAGGUAUGAUCAUUACUCCGUGCUAUGUGAGCUACUGCCUGUGGCGCUCCCUUCGCUGGUGGUGUGCCUGCGUGCCAUUCAGCAUGGGCCACUCACUCAGGAAUCAAAGACAGAGAUCAACCAGAUAUUGGGCUUCAGUAAAAUGGAUUUGGAGAAAAGUGUUUGUGACGGCAAUGGAGCCUUCCCCGGGGCUGAGAUUUACAGGAUGGUUGGCGCCAUCAACAGUGACUUGAAAAAGAAAGUGCAAGAAAUAAUGGAAGGAGACAGUGAAAUCCGCGGCUGGUUUUCCGCAUAUCACCGCAAGCAUCGCUUUGGGAACCCACACAAGAUGGAGAUUUUCAGAGACAAAGUGUUAAAGACCCACGAAGAAUGGGAAGCCCUCACUGACGGCCUGCGCGUCCAGCUGGAGACCAUCUAUUUUCCCGACACAGUGGAAGAGUGGAUGGAGGAGAAUGUUAACCUGCACUUGGACUCCCUGCGAAAAAUGGCCAAAGACUUCAAAGAGAUCCUGGAACUUAAGGCUCAGCCUAAGGCAGCUCAUAAGAAGUGAAGGGCCCCCUGGCAAUGACAGAAACGGGUAUUUAAAUAAGGAAUUACACUUCAUGAUAUUUAGUGACUGCGCAAGGGCAGAGCUGGGAGGCUAAACUUGGCACACCUAGGUCUUUAUAUGAACUACUUCUCCCAGCAUGCUCAGCAAGCUGUUUGUGUUCGGCAGCUGCGGAACAGUGAAUCUGAGCACCAAGGCUCAAUACGAUAGCAGCGUGGGCUGAUAACUGCCUCUUUGAAUGUAUCUAUACCCUGGACUUGUUCCUGGACGUGUUCAGCUUGUUCCUGCCCCACAGAAGAACAGAACAAGUCCUCCAUGAAUUGCUUCCCCGUCUGCUAAAUCACAGCACUGAUCAUUUCAGUUAGCAUAAAGGGGAGGUUCAUCUUCAUUUUUACUUAAAUUAUGUUGUAGAUGGGCCUAUUCUCAGCAGCUUUUCAGUUGGUCUCCAUUAUUUAUUUGCUAUGGCUGCUUCUUUAAUAGCCUUCCUAGUCUGCCUUUUCAAAAGCUGAAACUAAAUAUACCAUCUGGUUGGCAGGGUUAGGGUCAGGCCCUCCCCUAUUUAUCUUCUAUACUGACUUCCAAGCUGCUGUCUUGUUACUAGGUUAAUUACGCCUUAGUAACAAGAUAGCAAAUUGAAUUGUGAGAUAUUUCAGAGCCCAAAAGGAAUGACGUCUAAUGGCUUAGAAUACUGCAGUCUACAAUAUUCCAAAAGUUAAUUUAUUGGUCAACUGCCCCUUUAUGUUCUACUGUACUUACGAUUGUCUCAGGGACCCCUACAGGCCAGUAGGGUAAGUAUGGAGAGUUUGUGUUAUUGUGCUUAAUAUUACACAGGAUUAAAGUGAACGAUUGUAAUCUAUGUGUAUGGGAUGGGAGCCAUGGACUGGGGUGCACAUUAUUAGUUACACCUCCCAAAGUCACAGAUUCUACCAAAAUUAUCCAUCCCUUGUUGCCAGUGUGUAUAUGUUGCACCAAAUUCAGCAGUCAGAAUGCACAUUGUCAUGUGACUUAAAUGGCAAUUUAAACCACCAGAUUUGUGGGCAUUCCUAGUAAAUCAAGUUAGAAAGAGUAUUGUAUACAGUAUCUAGUAGAAUAAAGUCUAAAACAA